AUGGCAGCAUAUCUGCAUACAAACGUGGCUCCCUUUAUUAUCACCGAUACAUAUCGGUCUCCAAAAUGGAAGUUCAAUCCAAAGGUUGUUUUUGUUUUUGUCAAUCUACUCGCGCUUUACAUCGGGGAUCGGAGUCGCGACUUAAUUGACCAAUUAGAAAGCAACGUAAAUUUGAGCACUCAUAAACCGGCGAAUUACGACACUCUGCGCGACUCUAUGAUUUAUCCGCUAUGA